ACAAUUUCGGAUAGGGUCCGGUUUUCGGUUUUGGUUUUGGUUUGGUUUUGCCCUCCCUGGCUCAUUCUGGGUUUGCAUUUGCGGCUGGCUGGGUGGAUUGUGUGGUGGGCAGGGAUAGGCAACACGACUAACCGAAAAACCUGACCAGAAUUUUUUGGUGAGAGAUAUACACACAUGUAAAACCACACUAGGGAAAAAGACACCAAAAGGUGGGACAAUAUUUCGGGGUAGAAAAAGGUUUUGUAUCCGCAAGUCGACAAAUAACGUCUAAUCUUGGGAAUGAUUUGCUCUUGUUAGAGUAAAAUUCUUAGUGAAAUUUGAAACAAUAAAAAAACAACCCGACUGUAGAACAGAUUAAUUAUUGUUGUGCAACGAAGUUGGUGCCGAUUAUUGUUACAAUGACUUCAUUAUUAUUAUGGAAGUGAAAGUGAAUUAGAAUUUGUGUCAAAAAAUUGUGUCCGUUUCACAAAGAAAAUUAGACUAAAAAGUGUGUAGUGCAGGGAAAGUGAAGUGAAUAUUUUCUGUGUGACAAAAACUUUGUGAUGAUAAAAACUCAACAUGCAUCUCGCCAGCGAACUCAGCUUUAUUACGGAAACGUAUCACAAACUUGCGACAGAGGUGAUGGCGGAGCGUGCCCUGACAGAAAUGCUGUCGGAUUCCCCUGGGGGCGAACUGGUGAGGACGGGUUCUCCAAAUUUCGUCUGUUCCGUCCUCCCCGUCCAUUGGAGAUCCAACAAAACACUCCCUGUCGCUUUCAAGGUCAUCGCUCUGGGUGAAGUAAUGGACGGGACACUGGUCACUGUUCGGGCAGGAAAUGAUGAAAAUUACUGCGGCGAAUUACGCAAUGCAACAGCAAUCAUGAAAAACCAAGUUGCAAAAUUUAACGAUCUCAGAUUUGUGGGAAGAUCUGGUCGUGGAAAGAGUUUCUCGCUCACGAUAGCCGUAGCCAGUUCGCCCCCACAAGUGACAACGUACCAGAAAGCGAUCAAAGUUACGGUGGAUGGUCCAAGAGAACCGAGAUCGAAAACGAGGCAACAGCAACAAUUUCACUUUGGUUUUGGCCAACGCGCAUUUCUCGGAGGAUAUACGGGGGCGCUAGACCAUUUGAAUAGAAGUGCAGAUUUUGCCAUGACGCUAAGCCGGAUGCCGAAUUGUCAAAAUAUGAGCCAAACAUUGGCCACAUUUGGGACCUCAUCCUCAAACCACUGGGGUUAUGCCUCAUCGCCAUACUCGACCUAUUUGGGAAGUGGCUUUCCCAACUGUGCCGCAGCCAUACAAGGGACGACGAGCUCAUUUUCGGCUGCGGGGGGUUUGCUGCCCGACCUGACUUCAAUGAAUUCCAUUUCUGGACCUGAGUACAACUCGUCCACGCCCGCAUCGAAUUCUUCAGUUCUCACAGCCGACAGCGGCGUAAGUCCAGCCAGUGAUGUCGACCCGCUCGGCGCGGCGACUGACCGCCUCCUCUCCGCGGGGGGUUCUGGGGGUGUAAGUUCCACCUCAAAUAACAACAAUGCACCCCCACUCGUGCGAGAAGCCUCCUCCCACCAGCAACAACAACAACUUCAGCAGCAGCAACAACAGCAACAGCAACAAAGGAUAGCGAGUGGUUCGAAUGGGCAAGGCGGGUUGGUGGGAUCGGGCACCGGAGGAACCACACCCACCGGUGCGGGCAGCUAUCUGCACAGCGGGUUGGGCAGCCCCACAGCAGAUUUUGGUCGGGACGAGCAGCAACUUUAUGGACAGACGCAUCUCCAGGUGCAAAAUACAACAUCCCUCCUCCACCAACAAUCCCAACCGCUCCACACCCACCAUCAAAACCAACACGGUAACAACAUGUCGACCUCGUCCUCCUCGUCCGCCAACAUUCUGACCCCUUCAAACACGUCGCUAAUGCAACAACAACAGCAAAACCACCAUCAGCAGCAGCUCCUCCAAAAUCAAGGCAUUUCCGGCGGGGGUGGUUCCUCGUCCUCCUCCUCGGCGGGAUCUUCAAUGUCCUAUCUCGGCUCCUUUCCCGCCGCGGCGGCUGCCUCUGCAUUCUUCUAUUCGCAACUCUACCUCAAUGAUUUUGAUAGCAGUGGAACCGCGGGAAAUCCACAGAAUCAAAUUCACCACCAAAGUGGCGCCACCCAUCAUCAAAGUUUGGCGAGAUCUAGUUCGGGGUCAAAUGGGAUUUUAAACCAGCACGGGCAAAGUAUGGGUGGCGGGAUUGGGGGACGUGGGCAGCACGGCGGGAUUCAUCCUGGUGGCGGGAUGAUGGUGGGUUCGGUGGGAGGAAGUGGGGGGAAUGGGGCUGGCGGGGGUGGUGGUGGGGCGGGUGAGCUUACGCAUGGGGUGUGGAGACCGUAUUAA